CGAAACAUCUUAUAGCAGACUCGUCGCACAGAGGGAGGCUUGGACAAGCCCCCAGAUCUUCUAAGUACUGCAAACACUUGGUAUGAAGAACACCAUUGCUUGACGUACUUGAACCUCCCCGACGUCCGCCACUCCAUUACCAGGCGUCACCCACAUGACAACGCCAUCUGUGAAUCGGCUGCCGACUCAUACAAGACACCAAUUAGAUAAUUAAUAAUUCAAGUGAGGUUUUCCUCCACUGGUUUACCUUCUGUUAAUUUUCUCAUUACUUAGCCAAUGAUAUGAAGCAGUGAGGAGCUCCUUGUCCUGUUGUGUUUUCCAGCUAGCACCUAACGUUUUCCACGCUCGUUUUGACUGUGCUGUCAGUACCUCCAUACCGCUAGAGAAGGGAAAGUCCUUGAGGCAGUGCUCUUGAAGUGGGACGCAGCAGCAGCAGCAGUAGCAGCAGCAGCAGCAGCAGCAGUAGUAGCAGCAGCAGCAGUAGCAGCAGUAGUGGAGUAAACUAUGGGCUACUCUGGGUAUAGAGGACCGGACAGACGUCGUAGCUAUAUUGUGCAGAUAAACCGUACACAGAAUCCCAGCUAUGCUGGACCUGUGCAACAAGAUGAGAGUGCCGCCAGAAAUGUACCAAGUACUAGCGGAACAGCUCUUAGAGGAACCUCCCAGCAUACACACAGUUCCAGUCAUAGCCGGGCCAUGGAGCAGAUGGGCGCUGCCGGUUAUAGCCGGGCCAUGGAGCAUAUGGGCACGGCCGGUCAUAGCGGAGCUAUGGAGCAUAUAGGCAUUGCCGGUCAUAGCCGGGCCACGGAGCAUACGGGCUCUGCCCGUCAUAGCCGGGCCAUGGAGCAUAUAGGCUCUGCAGGGCAUAGCCGGGCCAUGGAGCAUAUGGGCACUGUCGGUUAUGGUCAAGGCAUGGGGCAGACAGGCACUACCGGUUAUGGCCAGGGCAUGGAGCAGAUGGGCACUGCCGGUUAUGGCACGAGCAUGGAGCAGAUGGGCACUGCCGGUUAUGGCCCGGGCAUAGAGCAGAUGGGCACUGCCGGUUAUGGCCCGGGCAUAGAGCAGAUGGGCACUGCCGGUUAUGGCCUGGGCAUGGAGCAGAUGGGCACUGCCGGUUAUGGUCCGGGCAUGGAGCAGAUGGGCACUGCCAGUUAUGGUCCGGGCAUGGAGCAGAUGGGCACUGCCGGUUAUGGUCCGGGCAUGGAGCAGAUGGGCACUGCCGGUUAUGGCGAGGCCGUUGAGCGGAUGGGCACUACCGGUUAUGGCGAGGCCGUUGAGCGGAUGGGCACUACCGGUUAUGGCGAGGCCGUUGAGCGGAUGGGCACUACCGGUUAUGGCGGGGACCGUUGAGCGGAUGGGCACUACCGGUUAUGGCGAGGCCGUUGAGCGGAUGGGCACUACCGGUUAUGGCGAGGCCGUUGAGCGGAUGGGCACUACCGGUUAUGGCGAGGCCGUUGAGCGGAUGGGCACUACCGGUUAUGGCGAGGACGUGGAGCAAAUAGGCCCUGCCGGUUAUGACGAGGCUGUGGAGCAGAUGGACUCUGCCGGUUAUGGGGAGGCCGUGGAGCAGAUGGGUCCUGCCGGUUAUGGGGAGGCCGUGGAGCAGAUGGGUCCUGCCGGUUAUGGGGAGGCCGUGGAGCAGAUGGGUCCUGCCGGUUAUGGGGAGGCCAUGGAGCAGAUGGACCCUGCCGAUUAUGGGGAGGCCAUGGAGCAGAUGGGCCCUGCCGGUUAUGGGGAGGCAGUGGAACAGAUGGGCCCUGUUGGUUAUGGGGAGGCUGUGGAGCAGACGGGCCCUGUCGGUUAUGGGGAUGUCGUGGAGCAGAUGGGCAUUGCCGGAGAUAGCCAGACCCUGGAGCAGAUGGUCACUUCUGAUCAUAGACGAGCCACUGAGCAGACAGGCAUUGCCGAUCCUAGCAGGGUCGUGGAGCAGGUGUUCAUGUCUUGUCAAGGAUGGGCUGCAGAGCAGAUGGGCAUUCCCAGUUAUAGCUGGGUCGUGGAACAGCUCGGCAUUGCCGGUCAUACCCAGGGCGUGGAACAGUCGAGUGUUACUAGUCCUAACCAGGGCAUUGAAGAGAUGAGUGUUACUAGUCCUAACCAGGGCGUUGAAGAGAUGAGUGUUACUAGUCCUAACCAGGGCGUUGAAGAGAUGAGUGUUACUAGUCCUAACCAGGGCGUGGAACAGAUGAGUGUUCCUGGUCCUACCCAGCAUGUGGAACAGGGUGGUAGUUUAAGUCAAAACCGAAAUAUGCAACAGAUGGGCAUUCACGACCGUGCUGCAGAGCAGAUAGAAGUUUUAGGUCAAGGCCAGGCUGUGGAGCACACGAGCAGUCCAGGUCGGGUGGCGGCCGUGGAGCACGCUGGCAGUCCAGGUCGGGUGGCGGCCGUGGAGCACGCUGGCAGUCCAGGUCUGGUGCCGGACGUGGAACACUCGGGCAGUCCAGGUCGGGUGCCCGCCGUGGAACACUCGGGCAGUCCAGGUCGAGUGCCGGCCGUGGAACACGCGGGCAGUCCAGGUCGGGUGCCGGCCGUGGAACACGCGGGCAGUCCAGGUCGGGUGCCGGCCGUGGAGCACGUGGGCAGUCCAGGUCGGGUGCCGGCCGUGGAGCACGCGGGCAGUCCAGGUCGGGUGCCGGCCGUGGAGCAUGCGGGCAGUCCAGGUCGGGUGCCGGCCGUGGAGCACGCUGGCAGUCCAGGUCUGGUGCCGGACGUGGAACACUCGGGCAGUCCAGGUCGGGUGCCGGCCGUGGAACACUCGGGCAGUCCAGGUCGAGUGCCGGCCGUGGAACACGCGGGCAGUCCAGGUCGGGUGCCGGCCGUGGAACACGCGGGCAGUCCAGGUCGGGUGCCGGCCGUGGAGCACGUGGGCAGUCCAGGUCGGGUGCCGGCCGUGGAGCACGCGGGCAGUCCAGGUCGGGUGCCGGCCGUGGAGCACGCGGGCAGUCCAGGUCGGGUGGCGGCCGUGGAGCACGCGGGCAGCCCAGGUCGGGUGGCGGCCGUGGAGCACGCGGGCAGCCCAGGUCGGGUGGCGGCCGUGGAGCACGCGGGCAGCCCAGGUCGGGUGGCGGCCGUGGAGCACGUGGGCAGCCCAGGUCGGGUGGCGGCCGUGGAGCACGUGGGCAGCCCAGGUCGGGUGGCGGCCGUGAGGCACGCGGGCAGCCCAGGUCGGGUGGCGGCCGUGGAGCACGCGGGCAGCCCAGGUCGGGUGGCGGCCGUGGAGCACGCGGGCAGCCCAGGUCGGGUGGCGGCCGUGGAGCACGCGGGCAGCCCAGAUCGGGUGGCGGCCGUGGAGCACGUGGGCAGCCCAGGUCGGGUGGCGGCCGUGGAGCACGCGGGCAGCCCUGGUCGGGUGGCGGCGGCAGAGCACGCGGGCAGCCCAGGUCGGGUGGAGGCGGUGGAGCUGACGGGCAGCCCAGGUCGGGUGGCGGCCGUGGAGCACGCGGGCAGCCCUGGUCGGGUGGCGGCGGCAGAGCACGCGGGCAGCCCAGGUCGGGUGGAGGCCGUGGAGCUGACGGGCAGCCCAGGUCGGGUGGCGGCCGUGGAGCUGACGGGCAGCCCAGGUCGGGUGGCGGCCGUGGAGCUGACGGGCAGCCCAGGUCGGGUGGCGGCCGUGGAGCUGACGGGCCCAGCCCAGGCGGGUGGCGGCCGUGGAGCUGACGGGCAGCCCAGGCCGGGUGGCGGCCGUGGAGCUGACGGGCAGCCCAGGCCGGGUGGCGGCCGUGGAGCUGACGGGCAGCCCAGGCCGGGUGGCGGCCGUGGAGCUGACGGGCAGCCCAGGCGGGUGGCGGCCGUGGAGCUGACGGGCAGCCCAGGCCGGGUGGCGGCCGUGGAGCUGACGGGCAGCCCAGGCCGGGUGGCGGCCGUGGAGCUGACGGGCAGCCCAGGCCGGGUGGCGGCCGUGGAGCUGACGGGCAGCCCAGGCCGGGUGGCGGCCGUGGAGCUGACGGGCAGCCCAGGCCGGGUGGCGGCCGUGGAGCUGACGGGCAGCCCAGGCCGGGUGGCGGCCGUGGAGCUGACGGGCAGCCCAGGCCGGGUGGCGGCCGUGGAGCUGACGGGCAGCCCAGGCCGGGUGGCGGCCGUGGAGCUGACGGGCAGCCCAGGCCGGGUGGCGGCCGUGGAGCUGACGGGCAGCCCAGGCCGGGUGGCGGCCGUGGAGCUGACGGGCAGCCCAGGCCGGGUGGCGGCCGUGGAGCUGACGGGCAGCCCAGGCCGGGUGGCGGCCGUGGAGCUGACGGGCAGCCCAGGCCGGGUGGCGGCCGUGGAGCUGACGGGCAGCCCAGGCCGGGUGGCGGCCGUGGAGCUGACGGGCAGCCCAGGCCGGGUGGCGGCCGUGGAGCUGACGGGCAGCCCAGGCCGGGUGGCGGCCGUGGAGCUGACGGGCAGCCCAGGCCGGGUGGCGGCCGUGGAGCUGACGGGCAGCCCAGGCCGGGUGGCGGCCGUGGAGCUGACGGGCAGCCCAGGCCGGGUGGCGGCCGUGGAGCUGACGGGCAGCCCAGGCCGGGUGGCGGCCGUGGAGCUGACGGGCAGCCCAGGCCGGGUGGCGGGCGUGGAGCUGACGGGCAGCCCAGGCCGGGUGGCGGGCGUGGAGCUGACGGGCAGCCCAGGCCGGGUGGCGGGCGUGGAGCUGACGGGCAGCCCAGGCCGGGUGGCGGGCGUGGAGCUGACGGGCAGCCCAGGCCGGGUGGCGGCCGUGGAGCACGCGGGCAGCCCAGGCCGGGUGGCGGCCGUGGAGCACGCGGGCAGCCCAGGCCGUGGCCGGGUCGUGUAUAAGAGGGGAAGUGCAGGUCGAGGCCGUGCCCUGCAGCGACGGGGAAGUGCAGGUCGAGGCCGGGCCGUGCAUGGUAGGAGUAGUGCAGUUCGAGGCCGGGCCGUGCACAAGGCAUGUAGAACUGGCCGAGGCCGGGCAGUGCCAAGGAGUGGUAUUUCCAGUCGAGGCCAGGCUAUGCAUCAGCGGUGUAAUCUUGGCCGAAGGAGGGCCAUGCAGCCGCGUCCAGCUGGGGAAGUUCCUAGCACUAGCAGUACCGAAGUUAUGGAAAGGAACUUGCAGCGAUCAGACAGUCCCAGCCGAGGCGGUGGCAGAGAUAUGAGGUGCAAGUCAGGCCAGCGAAACAGUUCUUGAACGGUUAACUAAAUCUUCUGGAUUCCUCUGCAUCAAAACCGCAGACUUUCUCAUAAGCCUUGAAAGGGUUGUACCCUGUGACUUGGUGAAGCAUUUCUGAGGUUGCGCCUAGCAUCAGAGAAGACUGUGGAGAGUUGUGAAGUACACCUGGCCUUGAUCACAUUGGCGGCACUAGAGGAGGCUGCCUCACGAAGAUAUCAUGAGCCGUGUUUACAUAAACUUGUUUUUAAUCCAUGAAACUGGUUUAUUAAAGGCAGAAUUUUUCAAGUAAUUCUUGCUCUUAAUAUUUGUUAGCUCAGUUUGUCUGCCUAUGAGGCUUGGCAUGUCAUACUAAAAUAAUUUAUAAAUUUUUGGAGUACCAAAAUUUUAAGUAACUCUUUUUAUUACUGUUUAAUAGUUUGUGUUAAUGAAAGAAAAAAGUAGCUUCAUAAUGGUUAAAGUUAAGAUGGAUGCUAACAUUUUUCACAUUUUUGUUAAAGUAGUUUUUAGUAUUAAGUAACUUGGAAAAUGAAUUAUAUUUUUUAUUAGUUUUAUUGUAUUUAAUUUCGAUCAAAUAAAUGUUAAAUUUAAAUA